CGUCUCUUUGGCUCCACAGUGGGCGGGGCAUUCCGCUGUUGCGCGUCGCUGCCUGUGACGCGCUACUGGCUGCGACGCGUUGCUCUGUGUGGCUCUCCCACCCAGGCCUGAAUGCAGCCGGGCCCGGGUUGGUUUCUGCUCCCCCCCUCCCGGGCCGGGCUCCCCGUAAGGCGAAGGGGCCCCAUGUGAGGAAGCCGGAGACGGGAAGAUGACCUCGAGGAGAUGGUUUCACCCAAAUAUUACUGGAGUGGAGGCCGAGAACCUCCUCUUGACGCGAGGAGUCGAUGGCAGCUUUCUGGCCCGGCCCAGCAAGAGCAACCCAGGGGACUUCACCCUUUCAGUCCGGCGGAAUGGAGCAGUCACCCACAUCAAGAUCCAGAAUACAGGCGACUACUACGACCUGUACGGCGGGGAGAAGUUUGCCACCUUGGCGGAGCUGGUCCAGUAUUAUAUGGAACACCAUGGGCAGCUCAAGGAAAAGAACGGCGACGUGAUCGAGCUGAAGUAUCCACUCAACUGUGCCGACCCCACUUCUGAAAGGUGGUUUCAUGGACAUCUUUCUGGAAAAGAAGCGGAGAAGCUGUUAACGGAAAAAGGGAAACACGGGAGUUUCCUUGUCCGCGAGAGCCAAAGCCAUCCUGGAGACUUUGUCCUUUCCGUCCGGACGGGGGAUGAUAAAGGAGAGAGCAAUGAUGGGAAAUCCAAAGUGACACAUGUCAUGAUCCGGUGCCAGGACAUGAAGUACGACGUUGGUGGAGGGGAGAAGUUUGACUCCUUGACGGACCUGGUAGAGCAUUACAAGAAGAACCCCAUGGUAGAAACCCUGGGGACAGUCCUUCAGCUGAAGCAGCCCCUCAACACCACCCGCAUCAAUGCCGCGGAGAUUGAGAGCCGUGUCCGAGAACUGAGUAAGCUGGCCGAGACCACCGACAAAGUCAAACAAGGCUUUUGGGAGGAAUUUGAGACUCUCCAGCAGCAAGAAUGCAAACUUCUCUACAGCCGUAAAGAGGGGCAGAGGCAGGAGAACAAGAACAAGAACAGAUACAAAAACAUUCUGCCCUUUGACCAUACGAGAGUUGUCCUUCAUGACGGUGAUCCAAAUGAGCCUGUUUCCGAUUACAUAAAUGCCAAUAUUAUCAUGUCGGAGUUUGAAACCAAGUGCAACAACGUGAAGCCGAAGAAGAGUUACAUCGCUACCCAGGGCUGCCUGCAGAACACGGUAAACGACUUCUGGAGGAUGGUCUUCCAGGAGAACUCCCGCGUGAUCGUCAUGACGACGAAAGAAGUCGAGAGGGGAAAGAGCAAGUGUGUGAAGUACUGGCCGGAUGAACAUGCCCUAAAGGAAUACGGUGUGAUGCGUGUCCGAAAUGUCAAAGAGAGCGCGGCUCAUGAUUAUACAUUACGAGAACUCAAGCUUUCAAAGGUUGGGCAGGGCAACACCGAACGCACAGUGUGGCAGUAUCACUUUAGAACCUGGCCUGACCACGGAGUCCCCAGUGAUCCGGGUGGGGUUCUGGAUUUCUUAGAAGAGGUUCACCACAAGCAAGAGAGCAUCUCGGAUGCUGGUCCGGUCGUGGUCCAUUGCAGUGCUGGAAUCGGCCGGACGGGAACGUUCAUUGUGAUAGAUAUUCUGAUUGACAUAAUCAGAGAGAAAGGCGUGGACUGCGACAUUGACGUCCCGAAGACCAUCCAAAUGGUGCGAUCCCAGCGGUCAGGGAUGGUGCAGACAGAGGCGCAAUACCGGUUUAUUUACAUGGCGGUCCAGCACUACAUUGAGACUCUACAGCGCCGGAUUGAGGAGGAGCAGAAGAGUAAGAGAAAAGGACACGAGUACACAAACAUUAAAUAUUCCUUAGCAGAUCAGGCCAGCGGAGACCAGAGCCCUCUUCCGCCGUGUACUCCGACUCCAACUUGUCCUGAGAUGAGAGAAGACAAUGCCAUGAGAGUCUAUGAGAAUGUUGGUCUGAUGCAGCAGCAGAAAAGCUUCAGAUGAGAUGAUGCAAGCAGAGUUCCUUGUGAGGAAGAACCGAAAUUACCAAUUUUUUUUUAUAAGAAAGUGAAAUGAAUUGACUUGAGAAGAGUCCCAAGAAGAGUGGACGUUGACAGCUGCAUAGAGCCUCUUUUAUUUAUGGUGUUUUAACCCUUCAGUAAUAAGCAGAACUUAAGACCAUCUUUCAAAGAAACUCCUAAUGCUUUUUCUCAACAUGUCUGAUUUCUACAAUCGCUGAUUUUAUUUUUUUGUUUCCAUUCUUGAACACACGGUUCUUUUGCCUCCAGUGCAGACCAAUACUCUGUUGUACUUGAAAGUUUUUCUCUCUUUUAGAUUUUGUGGUUUUUAAAGCUGUUUCAAAUUAGACUUUUUAAAAAUUCCAUUUUUUACCCUUUAAAAAGAAGCAUCAUAGUAGUAGGUCAGGUGAAAAGCUAAUUUUGUUGUUGGGCGGGGGAGGGGAUCAGUUAUGCGAAUUAGAAAUGUGUUCUUCUCUUGCCCCCUUUCUCUGGGGCCUGCUUUCAGGGAGGAGUCAGUGACCAUCGCUUGAACAGGGUGUGUUAAUUGGUUAUUUGUUCAAGGAUCUAGUCCUCCUGAGGUCGGUCUUUCUUGGAAAUGAAGUUGCUUCUCUGGAACUUCCAGUGAUGCGUAUUUUGCACCAGAUAAAACCGGUUUGUUUCCUAGAGCCUGCUGUUGGAUGGUUGUUGCUGAUUUCUGGUGUGUUCUCUUGAUGGGGUGGAGUGGUAGCUAUACUCUCAUGUGGUGACAUCACUUGGCAGUCCAAGUUAGUGGCGUCCUGGAGUAAGUAACCCCACCCCCCUGUCCAUUUAUCCUAGGCUUAUACUUAGCUGCCUCCUCCUUUUCUGCCCUGCCAGUGAGCAUCCCAGGAGCGUUCAGCCAGUUGCUGUGUUAAAACAAGACAUUGGACUAAAUGGCCCUCUGGCGCAGUCCAGCAGGACUCUUCUUGCACCCUUUGCGCUUUUCUCUUUAAAAGGGCAAGUGGUCAGGUUUUUGUGGCAGUUGCAUUCUUUUGAGUGUUGCACGGGCUGCGGAAGGGCGUUCCAACCUCGAGUCGCCUUAGAAAGGCAGAGGAACGACUGGGCUCCAAAACCUUCUCAGCAGCUUGUUCCAUUAAGCUAGGUGUUCUGCAAUUAACGUUCUGCCUUUCUUUCUAAGUGCCUUCUCUCUCCACCCCUGCCAAAGCUAGCUGUCUCCAGCUGUUUUCCUUUGCUCCCUGAGCAGACCAUGUCAGAGGAGUGCCGUUAAGUUUUGCUAACUUGCUAACCCUUUGCUGCGGCACAAACAUUAAGCUGUCCUGGUAAGUGGAAUCUCAGCCUUCCUUGACCAGCCACUUGUGGGAUAGGGCAAGCCUUGUGGCAGAAUCUGGGCAGCGGAGUGAGGUGGGGAGGCUUUUCCAGGAGGCCUGUGGUUGGUGGUGAUAUAAGAUGUGUUCUCAAAGGGCUGCUGUUUCCUUUGAAUCCACAUGGAUGAGAGAACUCCUUCGGUUGCUGCUUGCUAUGGAAGCUGGGAGUUUAGGUUAGUGGACUCUCUCAGCUGGAAACCUGAUUUUAAGGCAGUGCCAUUAAAAAUCAGCCUGUUGUUUCCUGGGCUGUGUGUACGCCAUGCUUAAAUAAAAUAGGGAUUUAAAAAAAAUUUCCCCGAAAAAACUGCUGUCUAAAUCAUGCAAGCGAGGUGAUCUUGCAUAAUUUCUUUUGCUUUUAAUUAUUGAUUCUGUAGUUUUUAAUAUUUUUCUGUAAUUUAUGCUGGCGUUACUAAUUAUGGAGAGGGCAAAGGGCUGUCAGAGGCUUCUGAGAUCUCAGCUUGUGUUGCCUGCACACUUGCAAGUGUACCUUCACAGCCAUGAGGACUAGAAACCUGUCUGUUUUGUUUUAAAAGAGAGAUUCUCAGGAAAUGGAAUCCUGCUCCCAUACCAGAUUGUUCAGAAUCACAGCAUACUCACAGCCCUGCUUGUUUCAUGUUUAGCUUGACUGAAUGAAAGACCAGGAGGAAGGGAAAUCUUCCGAGUUUACUGCUGCUGCUGUCUUUAAAAUUUUUUUUUCUUGUCAUACCUUCUGUUUUCAACCUUGGGAACUCCUGUAACCAGCUUUGCCUGAAGUCUUGUGUCUUAUGCCAAAGCCUGUGGUGCUGUGCAAAAGGUCAGUGAGCCCACAGGAUGUUACUGCUAUUACCCUUUCUCCCUUCUCCUCAAGCUUCACAGCAUAGCAAAGGUCUUCCUUAAUAGCUUUGUGUUGGUAGUGGCCGAGAGAUUAGGGCUCGCAGAGUGCUCCCCCCCCCAUUUGAGGCAACAUUGGACAGAUGGAGGCAUCUGUCAUUACAAGCAGAUGAUGUUGGGAUGAGUGAAGAAUUCUGGUUCUGGUGGGCGGACCACCUUCUGUGCCCCAUCAGCGUGCUCUGCCCAUGUCUUGGAUGUGUGAUGGUUGCACGAGGAAAGAAAACAACAGAGCAGGAGAGUGAAGAGGGAGGCACCCCAAAUGCACCACAGACAAAGAGGGGGAGGCCCCCAAAGUGCUGAGCCAGCAACCAGCUGAAAAUGAAAGCUGUAAUUGUUUAUUACAGCCCGACACAUUUCGGGUAUCAAAAAAGCCUUUGUCAGGGGCAAUCUUGUGCAAGUAACACGCUGCUAUCUCAUCAGUGGACGAGGAAAGAGCAAUCCCACCCACCCCCGAUAGGAAAUCCCCCACGGCUUGAUGGAAAUGUGUGUUCUCACCCCCGCCCCUGAGCUUCAAUGCCACAAAUGGCCUGUUUUUCCGCAUUUAUGUUUUCAGUAGCUGAAUCCCCCUUAAACAAGCUAAAGGCAGGAUCGUGCCUUACAGUAAACAUGGGGCAGCAGCCAAAAGUGGGCGUCCCAUUUUGUGUUCUCCCCCCCCAGUGGAGUAAAACGUGACCCAUGUCCUGCUGUCACAGUGUUUAGUUUCACUGUGCACUUUGUUCCCUCUCCCCUUGCCCCAGAUCACAAAUAAUUGGCCAUUACUGGCAGGGAAUGUUGUGACAUCAGGGCACAGUUAAGUUUGGGGAGAGCUAGACCUGGAGGACCCACUUUUGGCAGCUGCCCCAUGUUUCUUGAAGAGUUCAGUUCCUCCCUAUAAUCCCUGCAGACAAGCUCCGCGUGGAAGCGUCUGCAAGGCCACUUCAAUCUGCACCAACAGUCCUAUGUUUCUUCUAAACUGCUAAUACGCAACAGGAAUGGGUGAAAGCAUAUGAAGAAGUUGUGUAUCUUUUAAUGAGUAUCCUGGGUGUUGUUGCUGGGUAGCUUUCUAACACAGUGUAUUUAUGGUACGGGAAGAGACAAGUGCAAAGUUUUCAUCUGAGAACUUUGAUCUCAGAUUUGAGGGGCUGAAACCCUGUCAGUUUUUGGAUGGCGGUGGCUGAAGAACACAGAAUCAUCAGCGCCACUCCUGGUAGCUGGCUACUUUUUAUCUUAUCCAGAAGACCCCUGGAACGAUGCUGAGUUUAAAAAAGAAGAACAUCUGCCAACAGCUGGUAGGAGUGCUGAUAAAGCCAUCAGCAUUGCCCCCAAAUGGCCCCUCACAUUUUUGUGCCUGCAAGUGUUUGAGAGAGAGAGAGAAACAGGCCCUGGAAGAGUCAAAAUCUGAACAAUACUAUUAUUUUUAAAAAGCUUACCAAAUGAGAAUUUUAAUAGAACAAAAUCCCACCUUAAGUAUUGAGCCUGUAAUGAACGGUGAUGCUAGUCUUUUAUGUGCAGACUGCUUUUUAAACAGAAGAGCAUCCAUACAUGCAAGCUGCGCUCUCUCUCUCUCCCCCCCCGCCCUGCCCCCAAGUCUGAAUGAUCCAGUUAAAAAAAAAAAGGCCCAUUGUGUGAUUCUUGUGACUGCCUCUUGUAAAGCUUCAGUCACCUUCAUGUUGAGUGGAAAUGUGAUGUGUUGAAUGUGUGAAUUUUUUCUCAGAGCAUGUGAUACAGAAUGUUGUUUUUGAAACUUGAAAAAAAGAACUCUUCAAGAAGAUUGUGCCAGGACAAGAACUUGAAUAAGAUCAAUGGCUCUUGCUGAAAACCAAAGUGAGAUCUGUUCCAUGGUGUUCUGUUUUCUUUCUUUUUUUAAAAAAAGCUACCUUUAAAAUGUAGAAUCUCACUGUGAGUGUCUUUCUGCACAAGUCACACUGCAAAGAACGUCCGUAGCGGGAUGAGACUGCCCUUCUUGCUCCCAAUGACUGUGCCCAGCAAUACACCAGUGUGUAUCGAUAGUGUGUCUUCAAAGUCUUGGAUGAAUUUUGUGGCCGUGCAUGAGAUGGAAUUGUGAACUUGCAAAUGGACGGUGGGUGGGUGGGUGGUAAAUUGACACAGUUGUUGAAUGUUUAAACAAUCCUUCCUAAAGUAAUUGUUGGAACAACCAAAGGCUUAAAGGGAUCCAGUGACUUAUUUUCCAAUGUUGGAGAAGGCUUUACUUAUCGGUUUGGGUCAGGAGGACAUCCUUCAGUUCUGGAAUUGUCUUGACUUUUGGGAAGUCUGCUUGUUUCUUUUUCUGAAUGGAAAGUUUCAAAAUCGGACAUGUGGAAUAUUAUGGCUGUUUCUCCAACAACCGGAAAAACUGUAUGUGCCUGGUCAAGCGAACAUCUCGUUUCUUUCCAUUCUAGGGAGAGUGCUUGCAACUCUGCGUGGUCAGUUUUUCUGACCUUGACCAUGUAUGCAAAUAAAAUGUGAUGACCCCUCCUGGGGCGGUGAUUCCCAGACUCUGAGAACUGAGAGGUAGCAGCUAGAGUUGCCCAUGGGAGGCUAGAUAGAUCUGCUAUGUCUGCAGCAGGGAUGAUUGGGUCAGUCAGUCGCUCCCAAGGCAGGGAGGGAGGCAAAAAGUUACCCAUGCUUGGAGGAGGCUCUCUGCCAUAUCUGCCAAUUAGAAGGCACCCCCAGAUCAGUGCGUUGUACAGGGGGACAUGUGGUGGUAGAUGGCAUUCCUUUAAGCGCAGGCCAUGCUUAUUCUUAUGCAUGCACACUAAAGCCUUUGGGGUUUAUGGGUGAAGAAUGUUUCCAAUUUUUUAAUUUAGGUGGAAAAUAUUACCUCAGUUACCAGAGGUUUGGGAAACACUGGCCGGUGGGGAUGACUCUUGCUGGUGUGCCAUCAUUUAUUUACUGAAUGUUCAGUGAUACAUACUUCCAUUUUUUUAACCCUUUUAAAAAAGCCCAACACCUCCUAUCAAUCUUGACCAAAUCUUUUAUUCCCUCCCCCACGUCUGAAAUUUUGUGUGCAAAGAUGACCGUUAACUUUGUUAUCCUCUAGUGAAAAUUGAUCGCUUCUGAAGUUAAAGAUCUGGGGGAAAAUAUAUACAAAUGAACUGAUAAGUAGCUGCAAUGGAAAACAUGAUGGCUAGAAACCUGAUGCUUAGCACUGAGCAAUCUCAAAUGUUUAUCAGCCCCAGAUAUUAUGAUGGAGGUUUAUAUCAUAAAUGUUGGUAUUACUUUGUUCUUCUUUCUCCACAUUUUAAUCCUUAUUGCCUGCUUUCUUUCUUUUUCUUUUUAAUUUAUGAACAUCCUUGUGACUUCUUAAAAACAGUGCUAAAUGGCUCAAUGAGGGGAGAUCUGUGUAAUAUCCACCUAGGUUGAAAUAGCUUUCCCCUUCCUUUUCCUCCUACCCCUUUUCCAGCAAUGUAUGAAGUAUUGUACCAGAGUAUUAAAUGAAAUGUAAUUUUAUUGAGGGAAAAAAGAAAAAAAACUCAACCCUCCUUUAAAAGGAAUACGUAUGUCACUGAUUUUACAUGAAUCAUGUUCCAGGUGUGCUGUUCUGUCCACCAUUUAGAGGGGGCACAACUUGCAACUGCUUGUGAUGGCAAAUCCCCGUCAGAGGGCUCACGCCAGCGUAAGGGAUUGGUAGCGUUGCCCCACAGUGUUUCAAAGCACUAGCCUGCUGCCUUUUGCCCAUGUAUUCUGUAGACCAUUUUGCAGUUGUCAACAUGUGACAUUAAAAGGCAAAAAAAGAGAAAAAGAUCAUGCAUAGAAAACGUAGUGAUUGUUUGUCUGUUUCCAGCCUGUAUUUAUCGGUGUUGAGUCUGGCUGCAUUGCUGGCUGUGCUGUGAUUUUUUUUUAAUUGCUCCAAGGCUUUUUGUCAGAGUAAAAGCAUUAUUUGUAAAACAUCAGAACUUAAAAAAUAUAGGAAUUAAAAAAAAAUCAAUUUUCUUA